AAAGACGAACCCAAAAUUACAAUCCAAUUAAUCCACCAGAAAAUAAAAUAAAAACAACAAACAGUACACAUGACAAAGAUCAGUUUCUUCUUAGCUACGUAUGCAACCAUCUACAUCAUAUUAUCACCUGGGCUACUAGCCACGGCGGCGCGUGAGAAUCUGCAUCACCAAUGCUUUUGCGAGUCACCAAGCACGUGUUCUUGCUUCCCACCAUCACCGACACCGUCAACAUCUGUGAAUAAGCCACGGAAAAGCGCCGGACCACUAUGUUUGUCAGACGGUGAUUGCAAACAUUUUUGUCGUCCGAAAAAAGGUGUUUGCAACAUUGAUUUCGAAACGUGUGUUUGUCACUGAAACUGUUUCAGUUUACAAAAAUCAUGUGUGUUCUAGUGAUCGAUAGAUCCUCAAUAAAUAAUUUAGUCUUUA